CAGGAUUUCUAGCUUAAUGUUUGUCGUUUUAUGUUUCGAAAGCAGUGAUGGCAUUCGGGUUAAGAAGUGAACUAUGCACUCUGCUUCUAUUCGGUUGUGGCAUUUAUUACGUUUCGACCAACAGACAUCCCGGAGAGUCUCAAUUUCUUCCGGAUGAACGAACUUCGCUGGAUGACUGCCACUUGCGCUUCUACAAUUUCAACGGUGACAGCGGUGGAGGAAUCGGAGGUCUCCCUGCAACCCAGUUCGAGUUUCCCCACAUGGGUGCGAUUGGCUGGAUCCAGCCCGGAGACGGAAGGAUCCUUUGGAAAUGUGGAGGAUCGUUGAUCUGGGAUAACUUUGUCCUAACGGCGGCACAUUGCGUGGUCGAUUCGAUGAAUAAACCACCGGACGUGGUCAGAUUUGGAGAUUUGGAUAUUUUUUCCACGGUGGGUGACGAGUUUGCUCAGCAGUUUAAAAUUGCGGAAAUCAUUCGUCAUCCAAGUCAUCGAUUUAACGGCCACUAUCACGACGUGGCACUGAUACGUUUGGAGAAGAGCGUGACAAUAAACGAAGCGGUAAUUCCUGCCUGUCUGUGGCUCGAUGAAGAGGUACGAUUCAAACGGAUGCAUGCCACCGGAUGGGGAAACGUUGGAUUCGUUGGAAAGCAAUCACCGGUUCUACUCAAAAUGGAGCUUGAUCCAGUUUCAAACCAGGAGUGCAGCAUGUUCUACAAUAACGAUACUUCUCGAAAGUUGAGUCGGGGCCUAGCCGGUCACCAUAUUUGUGCGUUUAAUUCCAAAGCGGAUACUUGUGAGGGUGACUCUGGUGGCCCACUGCAAAUCAAACUAAUGCACAACAUGCGUCAAACACCGUUCAUAGUCGGUAUAACCUCGUUCGGGCUGAUCUGUGGUACAUCCAGUCCCGGAGUCUACACCCGGGUAGCAACCUACCACGAAUGGAUAAUCGACACAAUGCGUAAGCGUGGAGCUGCUGUUGAUGAAAACACCUACAACUCAACCACGUGCGUACAUCGACAUGUUAAAUAUCGCGAAUUCUACGACGGGGUUGUCGUACAUAGGAAUGGCAAUGGAUCGGUAAAGUUGAAUGUCUUUAAUUACAUGUUUUCGUUGUAUCCCGAUGUACCAUGGCAUUUAGCGAGGCUUGCAUGGAGCAAAGGAGUUGGCCAUAGUAACUGUUUCGGCGUGAUAGUCGACGAGGAUACUGUCCUGACGGUUGCGGAUUGCACCGAUUUCAACGGACUACCAGUUGACCAGAUAGUCCAUCCAAAGGUUGUGAGCAUUUCGAAAAUUCAUAUUCAUCCACGGUACACCAAAGGAUCGAGCUACAAUAAUAUUGCCAUUUUGAAGCUGGGCUCGCUGUUGGAUUUUCAACAACAAAUCGCACCUACAUGCAUCUGGGUGGAACGCAAAUGGCCUUUCGGCGAUGCAUCUGUUUUGGGGAUCGGAAGGAAAGAUCUCGUUAAACCACUUUAUCCUAAUAACGAUAUAGAAAUAGAUCCAACGUAUGGCUUCCUUACUAUAAGAAACCGAAUACGAAAUACCUCCAGUUGCGUCGUUGGUGAUGGUGAAUUAUCUCGGUUAAAACAUGGUCUGGCACAGGAACAUGUAUGUGCUGGAUACGAUUUCUACAUAGUGCCGGAGAUGUGCAACUUACCAAUCGGAGGCCCGCUGGAUAGAUCAAUGAUUAGAGAAGAGCGUAGAUACACGUUUACCAUGGGCUUGUCUCAAUUUGGACAAGAUUGUGGCUUUGGAGAUCACAUGAUUGCAACACGUUUGGCUAGUCAUGUCGAGUGGAUGAAAUCGAUCCUGCUGCCAAAUUACCAGGAUCAUAGCAGCAGUGUAGUAUUUUUGGACACUGAUCGUCAUGAAAGAGAUCAUUGCGAGAUUGAUCAAAGUACUCCCGGUAGGUGUUCCAAGAUUUCAGAUUGUCCAAACUACUGGCAGCAAUCCGUAUCUAAAGGAAAGGCACAAUUCUGUUCUACAAGUGGUGUGGUAUGUUGUCCAGAAAGUGUUCUUCACAGUCAAACUAAACAACCUCUGGAAACCGAAUUUGAAAGAUGUCCUAGUUUGGUCAGUAAGCUGAAACCUCUCUCCUGGAAUGGUUCACUCGUCCAGAUCGGUUUUGACACAGAAGAUUGGUAUGACUUCCGGUGCGUGGGAGCGAUCAUUUCCGCUCAGCUAGUCUUAACUACGGCCAGCUGUUUCGGGGACGAGGUUCCGCCUGUUGUUCGACUGUCUUUCAGCGAAACAAUCGUUCCAAUUGAAUCGAUAAUUCUGCACGAAGACUACAAUGUGACUGAUAAAACCAACGACAUAGCGAUAAUCAAACUGGAGCAAUCAAUUGUGUGGACUCCGCACCUGUUUCCAUCAUGCCUCUGGAUAAAUCAAACGCAUACACCUCUGGUCAUGAGGUUGGUCCAACGUGAUGAAGACAUCUUCAACUUCAAGUACAUGCUACCGCUGUACAACACGGACUGUCAACGGGCGCAUCCUUACCCGCUGCAACGAUCGCAACUGUGCGCAAAGGAACCUUACAACCCGAAAACAUGUGCCAAUUCGGGCGACAUGCUGCGAUCGGACGGUGAAGAUGGGGCUUCCUAUUUGGUGGGAUUAGCUCAGCCCAGUGAGGAUUGUGAGUCUCGGAAUUAUAUUACGCUCACCAGGAUUUCCCGGCUCGUCGAAUGGGUCAAACAGGCUCUAGAUCCGGCAUACUGGGAAUCUUGAUUAUAUUUCUGCGAUUAAGCUGUUUUAAUGGCUUUUAAACUUCUCUUAGUUAGUUUAUUGGAAUUAUUUGGACAGGAGCACAUGGCAAAGAUGUUGCAAAAUAAAAUGAUAAAAGUGUAAGUAAGUGUGGGAAAGUCACGAUAGCGUCUCCCAAGUUUCCAAUAAAGCUUGAGCCAUUUAAUAUCUAGACGCAUAGUUUAUUUUACUAACUUCAGUAAGUUUCCCUAAGUUGGGUGAACAUGUAUGGAACUUAUUAUGAAUAAUAAAGGAAGUGAUUUUCCAAUUGCAAAAAUUGAAUCUUAA